CGUAGUUUCCCUUAUAUUUGCACUCGUUUUCCUGCUAUUCCCAGUUAUCGGAGAGAGAAACAUGAGCAGUUCAAAGAGAUUUGAGAAGACAUUCUCAAGGAAGAAUAAGGUGACCAACAAGGAGUCCACUGUUGCUGCGUAUACAGAAGAAGUAGAAGAGCAUAUACUAAUUUCACAACUCAAAUCAUCAUCAUCGUCUAAACAAAAACAAAAUGGAAAACCAGAGAAUUCCAAAAGUAACACCAACAAAAGUGGCAGCAAAUCCGCCAUUGUUGACAGCAAGAAGAAAUCCACUCCUGCAACAACCCAGAAACCGAACAACAAGAAAGACGGAAGUGGAGUGAAGCAGAAGAUUGAGAAUGCAGAUCAAACCCAGAAGCAGAAAAGGAAGGCGGAGAAUGGGGGAGGAGAGAGACAGAAAGAGAAGAAACCGAAGACAGUGGUGACAGCGUCGAAGGCGGCGAAGAAUGACAAGAAGGUGAAGGAAAAGGAGGAGGAGAAGGAAGAAAGUUCUGAGUGUGCGUUUCCGACGAAUCGAAUCAUUCGUAUUGUUAAGAGUGAGGGUUCUUCCGAUUUCAAAAUUAGUGGGGAAGCUGUGUUUCUCAUUAACAAAGCUGCUGAAAAGUUUGUCGAACUAUUCUCGAAAGAUGCCUAUGACUCAGCAGUUGAAGAUCGUAAGAGCUUUGUUGCCUACAAGCACCUUGCCUCUGCUGUCUUUAAAGAGAAGAGGCUCGACUUCCUUUCAGAUUUUGUUCCUGAGAAAGUAACCGCUGAGAAGGCCUUGGCUGAAAGAAAACCUGCGGAGAACUUACCACAGUUACCAGGCUAGCAAAGACGUGCUGCGUUUUCUUUAAUUUUUAUUUUAAAAUUUGUCUAUAUAAUCUUUCGUUACACUAGGCAGGGGAGACGGGUCAGAUUGUGCGUAUAUGAGUCACAUCAUCCCGAUGAAUCGGAUUCAGGCUGGUUGCCAAAUUUUGAAACACAUCCAGUAUGUGGUCUGUGUGCAGGGAUAGUUGCAUCUUUUGCAGAGGGGUGGAUUUGGAUUAUUAAAUGUCAAUCUGAAAAGGUUAAGCCUUUUGUGCUUGUCAA